AUGCCCGACUCGGGUUACCUCCCGGACUACCCGCUCAGCUCAGACUUAGUGAAGAGAUUAAAGCUGGCCCUGGACUCCAGGGACGAGGACAGAGUGGCAGACGUGAUCUGCUCUGAAGUCAAGCACGUGGACGCCGUUAUAGAACUGUCCAAUGACGACUGGAUGAAGGACCCCUCGGCCCAGCUGCCCCCCGGGGUGCUCCUAGGGGACCUGGACCGCCUUAAGCCCCUCAUGGACCAGUUCUUCCAGGAUGGCAACCUGGUGUUUGAGAUCUACACGGAUGAGAUGGAGUGGCGGGUGAAGCCCCCAGCCACCUUUGGGCUCUCAGGCCUCUGGACCCUGGAGUACAAGCGCGAGCUCACCACGCCCCUGUGCAUCGCCGCGGCCCGCGGUCACACGACCUGCGUGCGCCACCUGCUCGCCCGCGGCGCCCGCCCCGACGCCUGCCCGGGUGGCCGCGGCGCCCUUCACGAGGCCUGCCUGGGUGGCCACACGGCCUGCGCCCUCCUGCUGCUGCGCCACGGCGCCGACCCUGACCUGCUGGGUGCCGACGGCCUGGCGCCCCUGCACCUCUGCCGCACCGCCGCCUCGCUCGGGUGCGCGCAGGCGCUGCUGGAGCACGGGGCCUCGGUGCACCUGGCGGACAGCGCGGGCGGGGACACGCCGCUGCACGUGGCGGCGCAGCGCGCCCUAGACGAGCACGCGCGCCUCUACCUGGGCCGCGGGGCGCGCGUGGACGUGCGGAACGGCCGCGGCGAGACGGCGCUGAGCGCGGCGUGCGGGGCGCUGCGGCAGCCCGACGAGUACGCGCGCGGCCUGCGCCUGUGCGCGCUGCUGCUGCGGCACGGCGCCGACGCGGACGCGCGCGACGAGGACGAGCGCAGCCCGCUGCACAAGGCCUGCGGCCGCGCGCACCCCGACCUGGCGCGCCUGCUGCUGCGGCACGGCGCCGACGCGGGCGCGCUCGACUACGGCGGGGCCUCGCCGCUGGUGCGCGCGCUGCAGGCCGCCGCCUGCGCGCCCGAGCCCGCGCCGCCGCAGCUCACGGUGCAGGCGCUGCUCAACCACGGCUCCCCCAGCGUGUGGCCCGACGCCUUCCCGAAGGUGCUGAAAACCUGUGCAUCAGCCCCCACCGUCAUCGAGGUUCUCUUCAACUCCUACGCUCAGCUCCGUGUGUCCGAGUCCUGGAGGGAGGUGAUCCCUGAGGAAGUACUUCAGAUGCACCAGCCUUUCUACCAGUCCCUCUUCGCGCUGGCCGGCGCCCCACGCUGUCUGCAGCACCUCUGCCGCUAUUCCAUCCGAAAGCUGUUCGGCAAAAAGUGUUUUCACUUCGUACCCCUGCUACCCCUGCCCAAGUCCCUGCAAAACUAUCUGCUCUUGGAGCCACAGGGGGUUCUGCACUGAAAACCAGAGCCGUGCAACCGAGGCUCCUUCUCACCUCCCUCCUACGUGGAGGCCGCGUA